UAGCUACUCGGAAUAUAUCCAUGGACGAACCAAACAUCAGUGAAUCAAAUCUAAACGCACAACCGGAUAAUAAAUUAAGAGUUUUAACUGUUCUUUUAGACAUUUACUUUCUUUUGCGCAGUCAUAAUGUCUGAUGAGGAAGAAGACUACAUGUCUGAUGCAUUUCUCACUAAAAUACAAGAUGUAAAACCAGGUGUCAGCAUGGUGAGGCGAGUAAAAGAAGCGAUGAAGAAGGAGAUGCAGCAAAAGGAGACGGACGUCAAGAACCGCCAGAAGACCUUCAAGGAGCAGGAGAAGGAGAGCAGGGAAGCAGCUUUACAAAACUCUAUUAGCAACGAGAACAAAGGGUUUGCACUUCUGCAGAAAAUGGGUUACAAAGCUGGUCAAGGCCUGGGGAAGAAAGGAGCUGGGAGAGUGGAGCCCAUUCCUUUGAAUAUCAAAACUGACAGAGGUGGCAUCGGAAUGGAGGAGGUGAAGAAAAGAAAAGCGGAGGAGGAACUUGAAAAUUACCGACACAAAGCGCGAGCCAAACAACAGAACGAGACCAAAUCUCUGGAAGAUUUCAGGUCAAGAGUUAGGACAGAGAGAGAGGAGCGUAAGAUUGAAGGGGAUCUCAGAAGGAGUCAGAGGGCCUGCGAACAGCUUGACAGUCAGAAGGGCAUCACUGUCCCCAGGGAAGACUGGUACUGGCCCAAAGCAGAGACUGAUGAUGAGGAAGAUGAUUCUAAGGAGGAGGAGGAAGAGGAGAUAGUGGAAUUAACUUCCUUUGACAAACUGCAAAUUUUGACAUCCUAUCUGAGAGGAGUCCAUUUUUAUUGCAUAUGGUGUGGGACCACGUAUAAUGAUGAAGAGGACUUGUGCUCUAACUGUCCAGGGGAUACAGCAGCAGACCAUGACUGAACUUUGUUUAAAAUAAAUAUGUGCAGUAGUUCCCAGUGAGGAAGGAGUUACAAAUGAUGGAUCCAGGAAACGUUAAGUGUGUAAAAGAGUGCAGACAGCAUUUUGUAACCUGCUAUGAGAAGAAGUUCAGGCAUUUGGAUCUGCUACCCAUCUGUAGAAAGAUGUCAGUUUUUAUACGUUGCUUGUGGAUGGCAGUGUUGCAUUUUUCUUUACAUAUUGAAAACAUUUGUGGCAAACUUCAGAUACCUGUUUAAUAUUUAUAUUAUCGUAAGAUGUACAAAGAUUUUUGAGACAUGUUUCAAGAGCAAUUGCAUACCUUAGUAUUCAUUAAAUGUUUUUAGAAUUAUG